UUUCCCAUUCUCAUUAACAUUUUGUAAACAUUUAGACAUGCAAAGAAGAAUGGAAAGAGAAAAUUGUUCUUCCUUUACUGAAUUCAUACUAAUGGGAAUUACCAACAACUCUGAGGUAAAAGUAGCUCUGUUCACAAUAUUUCUACUGGUCUAUCUAAUCAAUCUCAUUGGGAAUCUUGGAAUGAUUUUUUUAAUUAAAGUGGAUCCUCAGCUACAAACCCCAAUGUACUUUUUCCUCAGUAACCUGUCCUUCUGUGAUCUCUGCUAUUCCACAGCAGUUGGGCCCAAGAUGUUAACGGACAUAUUUGGUAAUGAUAAAUCAAUUCCAUUUUUUGGCUGUGCUCUGCAAUUCUUCAUUUCCUGUACAUUUGUGGAUUCUGAAUGUAUAUUGCUGGCAGUGAUGGCCUUUGACCGGUACCAGGCCAUCAGCAACCCCUUGCUUUAUACAACAAACAUGUCCAGCAGGCUGUGCUCCUUGUUAGUGGCUGGAGUUUAUUUUGUAGGUGUGGCAGACUCUUUGAUCCAUACAACAUUGACAUUUCACUUGUGUUUCUGUGGAUCUAAUGAAAUUGAUCACUUCUUUUGUGAUAUCCCUCCCAUCUUACUACUGUCCUGCUCAGACACACAGGUCAAUGAGUUAGCAAUAUUCACAAUUUUUGGGUUCAUUGAAUUGAGCACCAUCUCGGGUGUCCUUGUCUCCUACUGUUACAUCAUCGCAUCAGUUUUGAAGAUCAGCUCUGCUGGGGGCAGGUUCAAAGCUUUCUCUACCUGUGCCUCCCACCUGACUGCAGUUGCGAUUUUCCAAGGAACUGUGCUUUUCAUGUAUUUCCGGCCAAGUUCUUCUUAUUCUCUGGAUCAAGACAAAAUGAGCUCCCUGUUUUAUAUUCUUGUGAUACCCAUGCUAAACCCUUUGAUUUACAGCCUGAGAAACAAAGAUGUGAAAGAAGCUCUGAAAAAUCUGAAAAAUAAAAGGUGCUCUUAA